AUGUCACUCGACGGUCUGUCCUGCGCUGAAGAUAAGACGAAGCUUACUGUUUCCUGUCCAGAAUAUCAGAAGGCCCUUGGAGACUCCUGCUAUGAGUUUGUGGGUCUCCAGCAUACUUUUUUCAGUGCUCAGGCUUGGUGUGAGAAGCGUGGGGCACACCUUGCAUUUGUCCCAGAUGAAGAAACUCAACAUUUCCUUCAAAGACACUUGGACAGCAAGAAGGACGUGUGGCUUGGACUAGCACCUUUUGCCGUUACAAGCCUGCAAUAUUCUCCAACUGUUGAAGGUCCUCUCUCUUGGCUGGAUGGUUCACAAAUCACAUAUUCAAACUGGGUGAGCAGCCCACAGCCAGGAGCAGCAUGUGGACUCAUACUGGGAAACUCUAGCUUCCAAUGGAAAGCCACAAGAGACUGCAACAAAGAACUGCAUUUUAUCUGCCAGUUUGAGUCUGGGAGAUCCACUGUGUGUGCAGGCCAUGACACCGCUCUGCAGUGUGGUUCUGGUCAAGUCUUAAUGAUAGAUGACAGCUUCUACGGUCGUAAGAACAUUUAUUACUGUCGAUCCACACACUCCCAGUCCACAUCAGCAAAACCCACACAACAUCAGUGCGGCUGGGUGGAUGUUGCAGAAUCAUUAACAGCCCACUGUCACGGCCGUCAGGUCUGCCAGAUUUCUGAAGUUAUGGACUCCUUUGGUGAACCCUGUCCCCAGCUGGGGAGCUACCUGUCUUUGGACUACCACUGCAAAGAUGGGCUCACAUUGUCAGCGAUUGCUGUGGCUGCUGUUUUUGAUGACGUCACCAUCACUGUAAAGUGGCUCUUAGAUUUGCCCCGGGGAAAUCUUAGCUGCAAGCUGAGUACAGGAGAUGGCCAUGUUAUUUAUCUGCACAGUCCAGAGGGGUUGGAGAGCAUUGUGGUGUACAAAUAUAUAUAUCCAAGUACAUUUGUUGUGGCAGUUGAAUGCACCAGCAGUGAGAUGCACAUUGUCGCUCAGAAAAUAAUUACCAUUCAGGAGCCCAUCACACAGUUUGGCAUCAUCAGAUGCUGUGCUGGGAAACUGUGUUUUCAUGCAACCAACUGCAAAGCCCUUUACGGAGAGCCAUUUCAAACUCAAAUGGAAGUAAAAGCAGGUACAAAUGUGACCUACAGAAUCCAGAGUGAUGAAAUAUUGUUGUCCGGUUUAUCUGUUGUGAGGGGAAAUGUUCCCCAGAACAUCACAGUGACUCCAGAAAUGGUGAAACAGCUUGGGCCCGGCUGCCACAAGCUGACCCUUUAUGCAUCUAACAUGGUCACAUUCCCUGAUGUGUCUGCAGACCUGCAGCUUCGUGAGCAGAUGCUGGGGAUUAUGACUGACACAAUUAGCAAAAUCCCCCCAAACACUCCAGCGGAUGUUCAGGCGAUUGCCAAAGGAGUUUCUGCUCUCGUCCAGAAAGGCACUGAACUCAGCUCCUCUGCUCAGGUAGAGGCUUCAUUAUUGUUUGCAAACCUCAGCUCAUCUCUCCUCCACAUGAAUUUGAACAAAAGUGAAGAAAGCAAGAAUGAAAUAUUCUCUGCAACCAGCACCAUUGUGGAAGGAGCAAGCAAUAUCCUGGACUAUUCUUCCAAUAUGCUGAGUUUAGGUAAAAACCCAUUUUCCUGGAAAGAGAGAGGGAACAUCAGUGGCCUAAUAGGUGCUCUAUCCCUCACAACAAAAGAUGGCUCCGCUAUCCCUGUGGCGAACUUAAGUCAGGAUAUUGAGAUUUUGUUGCCAAGGCCUGUUGAAGAGCAGGUGAACACCUCUGUUUUGGACCUGGGGAACUACAGCACAACGAGCAUAAACAUUCUUUCAGCUAACACUACGCUGGUGUUAAAGAUGGUGCCUUCAGUUGAUCCUUUACCCUUCAAACUGUUCCUCGGUUAUAUGAACUACCCCACUGAAACAAAUUAUGCAGCGAUGACAGACAUGCCUCAACAAGGAACAACACAAGAGGAGCGAUACACUUGGCUGCUAGACCCUAAAGCUUUAAAGGGAAACACUGGAAAGUACUAUCUUGUAGUAAGGCCCAUUGUAGGUCCAGGUAUAAAAUCCAUCAAUGCCACUUUAUCAAUUACCUCCAUUGCUACAUCAUGUACAUUUUGGAAUGAAUCAGCAUUGGAUUGGAGCAAUUUUGGAUGCAGGGUUGGUGUUCAGACCACACCAUUAGUCACCCAGUGCCUCUGCAACCACCUCACCUUCUUCGGGAGCUCUUUCUUUGUCACUCCCAACACUGUCGACCCAUCACGCACUACUGAGCUGUUUGGCACUUUUGCUCAGAAUCCUGUGGUUGUCUGCUUCGUGGGGGCUCUCUUUGUGGCCUAUCUCUUGGUGGUUGUGUGGGCACGGAGAAAAGACAUUCAAGACAUGGCCAAGGUGAAGGUGACUGUGCUGGCGGACAACAAUCCAAUGGACGAGUAUCGCUACCUGUUGAGUGUCAGCACUGGGCAUCGGAGAGGAGCCUGCACUUCCUCUCAGGUGAUAAUAACCCUGCUGGGUGCAGAGGGAAAUGGGGAACCACAUCACCUGACAGAUCCAAAGAAAUGUUUGUUUGAGAGAGCUGCAGUGGAUAUGUUCUUGAUAACUGCACCCUUCUCUCUGGGAGACCUGCAGGCCAUCAGACUGUGGCACAACAACUCGGGGAGCCAUCCUGCUUGGUACAUUGGGAGUUGCAUGGUGCAGGAUUUACAGACGGAGGAGAAAUGGCAUUUUCUAUGCAACUCCUGGCUGGCCAUAGACAUGGGUGAUGGUUCCCUCGAUAAAGUUUUUCCUGUUUCGACUGACAUUGAUUUGAAGAGGUUCAGCAAUUUGUUCUUCAUGAAGACAACAAAGGCUUUCACUGACGGACACCUCUGGUACUCUGUGGUCAAUCGACCACCGAGCAGCACCUUCACUUGUGUUCAGAGAGUUUCCUGCUGUUUUUCCCUGCUUCUCUGUACCAUGCUGACCAGCAUAAUGUUUUAUGGCAUCCCAAAAGAUCCCUCUGAGCAGACCAUGGAGCUGGGUCACUUUAAGUUUACCUGGCAACACUUCAUGAUUGGAAUUCAAAGUUCCCUCAUCAUGUUUCCUCUGAAUAUUCUAAUUGUUAGUAUUUUUAGAAAAACUCCCAGGAAGGUGUCUAUUAACAAGCACAAAACAAAAAAAACAGACACCCUUCAACACAAUGUCAAUGUCACUUUAGACGUUGUCAUCGAGGAUAUCACAAGAAUUGCUCAUUUACUGUCUAAGACUGUGAAAAGCAAUAAACAAUGCUUAGAAUCCGAGUUAAGGCCUGGACAACAGGUUGAUAUCCACGCUGUCCUUUCUGUGGUGGAGGACUUCAUCAAACAGAAUAACAAAACCUGUGACACCGCCCAGUCCAAAUCUUCGAGCUUUCAAAUCCUCGCCCAGCCUCAGCUACCAGGCAGCGCUCGUGGGCAUCCAGGGGCAACACUGGAGGGGAUUCAAAAGAAGAGCUACUAUCUAUACCGGCAGCUGUGUCACAUUGAAAAAAAGCUGAGUCAACUGGGACCCUCUGGCUUCCCCAACCCACACAGCUACAGCCAGGCUCUGCAGCAAGUCCGGGGCAUGAAGGGCCUUCUUGAAGAUCAGCUCAACCUAGACGACCUCACUCAGAAGAGGUUGAUCCCUGCUGACAGCGCUGGAGAUAAUGGUGUGAUGAAAAGGUUGUGCUGUCAUGGAGAGCUACCCUGGUGGUUUAUUUUUGUCGGCUGGCUGCUAGUGAUUGGAACCAGUGUUGUAGCAGGAUAUUUCACAAUGCUUUAUGGGUUGAAAUAUGGGAAGGAACGCUCUGUAAGCUGGUUGGUAUCCAUGGUAGUCUCCUUUUUCCACAGUCUCCUCGUCAUUCAGCCAUUGAAGGUAAUAGGUCUCGCAAUCUUCUUUUCACUUGUAAUAAAGGAAGUUGAGGUGGAAGAUUUUCGAAAUGUACCAUUUGUAGAAAAUGACGGAAAUAAAGGUGAUACGGACCAACAAAAAAUCAGACGGGACAGCAGUCUUUAUGAACCUCCUUCUCCUGCCGACGUUGAGAAAAUGAAAAGGAACAAGAUUAUGAAUCAGAAAGCCAUUGCCCUCCUCAGGGAGAUUUUGACCUACAUGGGGUUUCUGUGGAUGUUGUUGCUGGUGGCGUACGGCCGGAGAGAUCCCAAUGCUUUUUUCCUGAACCAACACAUCCAGGAUAGCUUCAGCAGAGAGAUCUCAGACAGCAUGAAUCUCGGAGAUGUGUUCACUUGGGCCAACACAUCUCUAUUAAAUAACCUUUUUGGAGUUUAUCCAGGAUUUAUCACAGAUGGAAACUCCAAGCUGGUGGGUGAUGCCCGCCUCCGUCAAUUGAGAGUGCAGAAAAACUCCUGUCAGAUUGCAGGCUCCAUGCUCCAGUUUGUACCAGACUGUCAUGCUCCAUAUUCAUGGGAGGUGGAGGACAUGGGCUCCUAUGAGCCUGGCUGGAACCACUCCGUGAGGGAUAAUAUCUCUACGAGCACCUCCAGCCCAUGGAAGUACCAGACACAGGCUCAGCUCAGGGCCUACCCUGUCUGGGGUGAAAUGGUGCUCUACAGGGGGGGAGGCUUUGUCUCGGAGCUCGGCCCGGAUUUACAAAAUGCCAGCAACACCCUUGAGUAUCUGUUCAGGAACAAAUGGCUGGAUACGUACACAAGGGCGAUCUUUAUAGAGUUCACCGUUUACAAUGCUAAUGUGAACCUCUUCUGCAUCGUCACACUCUUGUUGGAGACCACAGCUGUAGGAGCAUUUCAGUUCCACAGUGAGCUGCACAGUGUUCGUCUUUACACAUCAACUGGCGAUCUUUACUCCUUUGUCGUGGCUGCUGAGGUCAUAUACUUGCUUUUCAUCCUGUAUUACAUGUUCUUGCAGGGCAAAUUAAUGAAGCAGCAGCGGUGGGCUUACUUUAGGAGCAAGUGGAACCUUCUCGAGCUGACUGUCAUCUUACUGAGCUGGAGCGCCGUGGCUGUCUUCAUCAAGAGGACCUUGCUUGGGAACCGCGAUAUCACCUACUACCAAAACCACAAAGACAAAUUUGCCAGUUUUUAUGAGACAGCCACAGCAGACUCAACACUCGAGUAUCUGAUCGCCUUCCUGGUCCUGCUCGCGACCAUCAAACUGUGGCAUCUGCUCAGACUGAACCCCAAGAUGAACUUGGUUGCCGCUGCACUGCAACGGGCCUGGAAUGAAACUUCCAGUAUUAUUGUUGUCAUUGCGAUCAUGCUUGUGGCGUAUUCCAUUGCUUGCAACUUGAUUUAUGGCUGGAGGAUGUCAUCUUAUAGAACCGUAGCGGACGCUCUCAUGACCAUCAUCCUUUUGCAGAUAGGCAUCUUUAACUAUGACGAGGUCUUGGAUAGCACUCCCUUGCUUGGUGGAUUACUUUUUGGUUCCUGUAUUGUGUUCAUGACAUUUGUGGUGCUUAAUCUCCUCAUCUCAAUUGUCCUCAUGGCAUUCACCCAGGAGCAAAUAUAUCACAAGGCCUCAGACGAGGAGGAGAUUGUUGACCUGAUGCUGAAGAAAAUCUGCGGUCUUUUUGGGAUCAAAUAUAACAAUACAAAUGACACCCGGGGGUCUGAUGUGAAUGAGGGCAGUGGCUUGACCCUUAAUAACAGCAGAAAUAUCAUUAAUUCCUCCGCUGAUGUAAAACAACAUCUGACAACUCACAGAAACCCAUAGGAACAUAGCUUUAUAUUUGUUGCGUUUCACAUUUGAGAGUUUUGAAUAUUUUGUUUGCACACGCUCAUUUAUAAAUGUUCAUUAUUCUUUGCUUGUUUCCCACUGGGAGUUCAGAGCAUGCUGUGCUGAUUUGUGAAUAUGGUGUGAUAGAUAUCCCAUCAAUAAUUAUAGUGCACAUUGUUGGUGUGAAUGAGAUGUUUACUUAAGAGAACAUUUUAUUCACAGCAAUGUCUUGCUCAUACCUACAGUGUAUAUGUGGCAGUUGGUUAGAUGUAACAUACUUAUUUCAUAAACUCCAUAAUAAAAACUUACAAAUCAAUAUAAAUAUAAAGCAUGCUUCACCUUGUCUAAUAAAAUAAUACUGUAUCACAUUAUCCUGAUUUACACCACUAAAAUAUUUAAUAACA